AUGGCUGAGCGUAUCCGAAGAACGAAAAAAUAUGACAAAAUUGUUAGAAUUGGCGAUGCAGCAAGAGAAAAUCUUGAAAGACUGAAGGCAGAACAUAUUAUCAAAUUUUUUCCGGAGCAUAUGCCUGAAGAAAUGUUCUAUCCAAAACAUACGAGCGAAGCCGCGCACUUCUGCGUCGUUUGUGGAAAACACGGAGAAUAUCGCAUGAGUGAACAUCUACUAAGAGCACAUAGUGACGUUCUUCAAAAAGAUUCGAUAGAUUUCAAGAUUGUCGAGCAGCUGGGACGCGGUAUCACUCAGUACAUGGGUGUAGCACGAAUAGAUCUGAGGCUUGUACGUAAGCCAGUAACGUACGGAGAAUUGUGCAUCUACCGCGAUCUUACACGGCAGAUCAAAAAUUUUGGCAUACCCAUUCUAGGGGAAUAUAAAGGUCAGAUCAGCCGAGACAGGUAUGUGACUCGUGCCGAAAUGAACGUGGAGAUCCAAGGAUUGGAAGAACGCUUCAGAGCUCCUACAGAAGAAGAACGUGAGCUAGAAGAAGAGAGUAGCCCGGUAGUUGUUGAGGAAGCCGCACCAGUCCUAGAAGAGCAAAUUGAAGUAGUGGGGCCGUCCACUUCACAAGCAACAGCUUUGGAGGCGUUUACACCUACACCACAAAGGCACCGACUAUACACAUGUUUUGGCGACAAAAGCUUCACAGGUGGAUCUCAAGUGGCAGAAGUGUUCAAGGCUCCGCCUAAUCUCGAUCUUAUGUUUUCUUAUGAAUUGGAUGAACAAGCAGUACCAGAUUAUUACGUAGAAGAAUAUACUGUUCCAGUAAAGCGCAAGCACAGAGCAGGCCGUGAACGUCUUGAGGUUUUGGAACGUGGAAGGAAAAAGUGUCUAAAUUACAUAGCUAAGCUUAAUAUUGAGGAAAAGCGAGCAUCAUCAUUUCAGGGUAUUGUACCCAGCGAAAAGCAGUCAAGGCACGCUAUAGCAGACUUGCAAUACGAUGACGCUUUUCAACGAAGGUUGGACAAAUUGCUAGGAUCAGAUAAAGACUGUGCAUACAUGACAGAUAUAUUUCGACGACGAUUACAACGCCGAACGGAAGGUGAGGAAACGCCAAGAAAACGCCGGAGAGUGUCGUCCCCAGUGAAAGCGGAUACGACUGAAGAUUCGAGCUUAACUUUGGAGGAGAUUGUCAUGGAACAAGGUGACAUAGGAGCACUAGAGCCGCAAGCAUCAGCGUUGGAGUCACAAGCAUCGUCGCCUUUACCACUCAAACAGUUUGAGCAACAUCCGAUAGGCAGCAGUAGUGGUGAAGGAACGUCAGUACAACAUAUUGACAUUGUCGAUGAACACGAAGCAGUCGAAAAAAUUCCAGUGUAUAAGCUGAAAUUUCAUCUCAAAAGACAGAAAUCGGAAGCUUGCACAGCAAAUGCAGAACUCAUAUUGAGUGACUCGAUAACAAUGGCUGUACGUAGAAGAGUGCAUGUCGUCCGUAAAUCAGCUGUUCCCGCUAGCUUACUUGCCGAUCUUGAAAAGCGGUUUGGGCCCAUGGAUCCGAGCCGGCACUUACAGCUUCUCAAUAGUACAUCUUAUACGAGUGGAUUAACAGAAGUCGAGAACGUUUGGCAGCUAAGCAAUUUUAUACAUAGAUGUCAUGCACAGCCUGUACAGGACUUUCCAUGGCUGGAAGUCAGAGAAAUGCCUACGAUCAAAGGACGAGGUGUUUUCGCUAAGGUAGACAUCGCUAAAGGAAUGGCUGUUGCUGAUUAUCGUGGUUACCGUGGAUUGUCGGAAGACGUUUUGAAGCCUUACAAUAAGGAACUUGAUGAAGAGCAACGCCAAAAAGUUGCCAAAUAUUGGAUGGGAGUGGAAGGAAGCGACUGCAAUUACAUCGUACUUGCUCACUGCGACUCGUACAAAGCGACAGUAACGCUUGGGCGGCUCAUAAACCAAUCAAUUGAGCACGCCAACCUAAAUAUGAAGUGCAUGUACCUUGGUAAACGCCGAGUUCGAUGGGCGCAUUGUUUGAUAGCUAGUCGCGAUAUUCAGGCUGGUGAACAGCUAUUGUGGAACUAUGCUGUAAGGGAAAGAGAUCCAAGCAAGCCCAAUUCUCCGAAAAAUUUUCCGUGCAUCUGUCACGUAUGCGAUCCGGCUGCAGUAGAAGAAGAGGAUCUCAGCUUACAUGAAAGGCCUGAUUUCGACAUUGGAGAACUUCUAUUUUUGGUGACACAGAAAGCACGCGCAGUAGGAUUGUUGCUGGAAAGUACUCCUGUUGCCGAUCCAAGAGUAGCAUUUGCAAGGAGCAGGCGUACCGUUUUCACUAAUAGAGAUGUGUUUCCGGACCCUGCCAUGUUCUUGGUAAAGGUCGCAUCUCCCUUGGCACAGUUGCUACAAAUAGCGACGGAAGCUGCUUUUAAGCGCAUGGAAUCGGUUGUUCUUAUUCUGUACCAAAAGCAGAAUGAUCCACAACCGCUAGUUAUCCUGUUAGGCGCACGCCAUCUUGAGGAAAGCGGUCAUCGUUACGGUUGCUGCGUAGCCGUCGUAGGCGACGAAAUUUACGCAGUGGAACGUCAGGCGGAAGCCAGAGCGGAUGAAAUGCCGUUGCACUUGAAGCUACUAUCAGCUGGUCCACUUACUCGUCACUUUCCAUUGCCAACAAUAGAGCCGUGGAAUACGAUACGCCGUAAGCCUGAACUUACACAUCAACAAAUCAUGCAUCUCUUGCAAGAUGGAUAA